GGUUAAAACUUUUGUUGUGCUCACACUUCUUUGAACAGUGACCGUGAGCACCAGAAAAGAAAGCUUUCAGAAAGAGGAAAGGUAAAGGAAAAUGGCAACAGUUUCAUCAAACCAAGCCAAAGAACAAUCUAGCUUCCUCACCAAGAAGCUCCUUCCAUGGACCCUCUAUGCUCUGAUCCUCGUAACUCUUCUUCACUUCUACCUUAACACCCUUUCCUUUCCUCCAUCACCACAACCUCAACUUCUUCAUUCUCUCAACUCCCACUCUUCUCCCCAUUCUCCUCCUCCCUCAGAUGAUGAAAAGGGUGAAGACACUUCAUGUGACUACUUCAAUGGGAAAUGGGUCCGUGACAAAAGAGGACCUUUGUACAAUGGAACAACCUGCGGCACAAUCAAGGAGAACCAGAAUUGCAUCACGCAUGGAAGGCCUGACAUGGGUUAUCUUUAUUGGAGGUGGAAGCCCAAUGAGUGCCAUCUGCCAAGGUUUGACCCUCUUGCAUUUCUCAACCUUGUGAGAAACAAGCACCUGGCUUUUGUUGGGAAUUCUAUGGCUAGGAAUCAGCUCGAGUCCCUUCUUUGCAUGUUAACCACUGCUUCAAGUUCAACCCUUUUGUACAACAAUGACAGCAACAAGUUCCGCAGGUGGCAUUUCGCUUCUCAUAAUGUGUCUGUUUCUCUGUACUGGUCCCCCUUUCUUGUAAAGGGUGUUGAGAAAUCAAACGGUGGACCGGAUCAUAAUGAGUUGUAUUUGGAUCAUGUUGAUGAGAGGUGGGGUGCGGACAUAGGUGAAAUGUCCUUGAUUGUGCUAUCAAUUGGACAUUGGUUUUUGCAUCCUGCUGUUUAUUACGAGGGUGGUUUGGUUUUGGGGUGCCAUUACUGUCCUGGUUUGAACCACACUGAAAUUGGGUUUUAUGAUGUGUUGAGAAAGGCUUUGAGAAGUACCCUGAAUGGAAUAGUUGAUAGAAGAGGUGGGAAAGGAGGAAGUGAUGGGGUUGGUGUUAUUGUGACAACAUUUUCACCUGCUCAUUUUGAGGGUGAAUGGGACAAGGCUGGUGCUUGUCCAAAGACUAGGCCUUAUGGGAAGGAGGAGAAGAAAGUUGAGGGAAUGGAUGCUGAAAUGAGAGAGAUUGAGAUGAAGGAAGUGGAAGCAGCAAAGGUUAAAGCCAAGGGAAUUGGAGGGUUUAGGUUGGAGGCUUUGGAUGUGACUAAGUUAGCCUUGUUGAGACCAGAUGGCCACCCUGGCCCUUACAUGUAUCCUUUUCCCUUUUCCAAUGGGGCUCAAGAGCGUGUGCAGAAUGAUUGUGUUCAUUGGUGCUUGCCAGGACCAAUAGACACAUGGAAUGAGAUUUUUCUGCAGAUUUUGAAGAAGUGGGAGGAACAGCAUAGGACUGAAGAAUAAGGUAUUUCUGUAGAUAUUUUACAGUUUAACAGUUAUUUCACACAGGUGAUGGUGAAAAGGGAUUUCAAAUGGAGUUGAUUCUUUUGUUGUAUUGGGCUAUUAUCUUCCAUAGUGGAAAAGGAAAUGAUUGAAUAAAUCGCCAUUGAUUAAUGUGGAAUAUGAGAGUGACAUAUGAAGGGUACUGAAUAGUGAAUUCAAAGAUAUUUCUGGAAUGCAUAUAAAUUGGUUUUAGUUAAGAAUGUUGAAGAUGGUUUAAAUAUGAACACAUUAAGGAGUUCUAUUCAUUAGAGAUGGUCCAA